UCACGAUGUGCGCUAUGCGAUGGUUGUGUGUUUUCUAUCGCUAUUUUAAAAUGUCAAAAAAAACGUGAGAUUUUCGACAAUCACGUUAUUCACGAUUGAAAACUCCAAAUGCAACGAAUUGUAUGAUUCCAAGGACCAAAGAUGUCAAAACGACUGAGCUUCUAUGGUCUAGUAGGCCUGGCAUCCCUUUGCAUCUUCUUCUUAGCAUUUAAUCAACGCUACAGCAGCUACCUUGAGCAUCGACUUCAGCCGGUGAUAUCGGUCAGUAAAAAAUCGGAGGAUGUGGAAAUAAGGCCACGUAUCAUCAAAAUUCAAGAUCCAGCAACGGCAUACUUUAGAUCUAUUGAAAAUAUUACCCUUUCUGAGAUACAAGAAGUUGUUGAUCAACAGAGAAAAACAAUCGAAAAAGAAAUGGAAGGAUAUAAAUAUCCCAAUGGAAAAUAUGGAGUUAAUGUCAGUAAAUUGGAAGAUUUAAUAUUAGAAAAAGGAGGAAGACCUAUGAGAAGUGUAAUUUUGACAAGUUGGCGAAGUGGAAGUACGUUUCUUGGGGAUGUAGUUAAUGCACAUCCAGCAAAUUUUUAUCAUUAUGAACCUCUACUUGAUUUUGGAAUUGUACAGAUUAGGGGGCCACCACUUGCUGAUGAAGCACUUAGUAAUCUUGAAGCAUUACUAAAGUGUGAUUUUAAUAAUCUUGAUCGAUAUUUAGAUUAUGGCAAAACACAUCCUUGGGUCUUCAAUCAUAACACGCAUUUAUGGAAACAAUGUCAAAUUCACAAAAAAAUUUGUUGGGAUCCACGAUUCGUUUCUAAAUUUUGCAAAUUAUUUCCCUUUCAGUCGAUGAAAAUAGUUCGUUUACGAUUGCGUGCUGCAGAAAAACUGUUACAACAAGAAGACUUAGGAAUACGUUUAGUUCUAUUAGUUCGUGACCCAAGAGGAAUUUUGCAAUCUAGAAAGCAUCGAGAAUGGUGUCCUACUAAUCCUGAUUGCUCAGAUCCUGCAUUAGUAUGUGCAGAUAUGGUUUCGGAUUUUAGUACAGCUGUACAACUGAUAGAAAAGUAUCCACAUACCUUCAGGGUAGUACGUUACGAAGACUUAUCUGUAGAUCCCUACAGAUAUGUGAAGGAACUGUAUAAUUUCUAUGGUUUAGAUUUUCAUAUAAAUGUAAAAAAAUUUUUAGAUACUCAUACAAAAAAUGACGUUGGCGGUGUUUCAAGCACUUUUCGAAAUUCUAAAGUGGCGCCCUUUCAUUGGCGAACAGAUCUUGAUUUUGAAGAAGUUGAUGAAAUACAAAGAGUGUGUGCAGCAGCUAUGCAACUAUGGGGAUACGUUAUGGCAUCGAAUUCUAGCCACCAAAAGGAUUUCGAUCCACUCACAGAUUAUCAAUUGCAAUUGUGAUAUGUGGCAUAGUGUACGAUAAAUGUAUAGUAUCUGAAUGUAACUGUGUAGAAUGGUUAUAAUUAUUAGCUUAUCUGCACAGAUAUUGAGAUUAUCACAAGUGCCCUCAUUCACAUUGAAAAGGUGCUGAUAGCUUGCUUAGACAAGCGCUUAUGAAUUCUUAUGAUCAAUUCAUUUUGCUGAUCCAUUUUGGAUUGGUAAAAAAAGAAAAAAAAUAGAAAAUUAUUGAACUUCGUAAGACCAAUGCUAAAAUUCGUUCCUUAAAAAAUUUAUAAGAGGUGCAUAAGUGCUCUUCGAGCUUGUUGCAUAAUGAAUAAAAUCGACCUCGAACUAUAGUCCAAAGUUUUAGGAUUAAGAGCAGUUUCUAAGACUUUGGUAUGCAACAAGGAAACAUCCAUAUCAAUGCAAAUAAUAAAUAUAAAUAAUAAUCUUUUUUAGAAUUCAAGUUUAAAUUAAUAUCGCGGUCUUAAUAUAAUGAAUAUAAUUGUAAUUCAUUAGGAUUUUCCAUUGAAAAAACCAUAAGAUAUUAAGCAUUUGCAUAAGUGUUAUUUUUUACAUGAUAUUGAAAGAAAAUUGCAUGUAAUAUAUAAUAUUGUUUUAUUAUAUAAAUUUUUUAAUUGUUUUAAAAAUACAUAUACAGUACUUUUACUUGCAAUAUAGACAACAUAAAAAUGAUCAAUAUUGUAAUGUUUUUAAUUCACAAUUAAUAUUAUUUUUUUUUAUAUAUUAAUUUUAUUAUUGUUUUCUAAAAUGCAUGUAAAAU